CUCGACGUCGGAAUGAACGUCCUCAAAACGCGUCACUUCCCUCUCGCCCAAAACGCAUCUUUUCAAACCAGGAAGCUCCACCGCGCUCGAUAUGGCCCUGUCGCGGUGCAUACAGCCAAGGGCGCGCCUGCACCAGAACGACGAGAAGAGUUCUCAGUGAUCAACCCCGCGACAGGACAAGACCUCUGCACCGUCGAAGCCGCCUCCACCGCCGACGUGCACCAGACCGUCCAGGACGCGCACGCCGCCUUCCAGUCCGGCGCGUGGUCCCGCGCCUCCGCGCAGCACCGCUCGACCGUGCUCGCGCGCCUCGCGCGCGCGCUCGAGGCGCGCAUCCCUGAGCUCGCGGAGAUCGAGACGCUGCAGACCGGCCGCGCGAUCAGGGAGAUGCGCGCGCAGCUGGGGCGGCUCCCGGAAUGGCUGGACUACUAUGCCGCGCUGUUGCGGACCCACCAGGCGUAUGUCGCGCCCACGCACGGCCAGCUCCUUAAUUAUGUCGAACGGGUUCCUCUAGGGGUCGUUGCGCAAAUCACGCCAUUCAACCACCCUCUCUUGAUCGCUGUGAAGAAAAUCGCGCCUGCUCUCGCCGCUGGCAACAGCGUCAUCGUAAAGCCCUCGGAGUUGGCCCCAAUCACCGUUCUUGAAUUCGCAGAGAUGGCUCGGGAGGUGGGAGUGCCUGCCGGCGUUCUUUCGGUUCUUCCUGGGUACGGCAGGACGACGGGGAAGGAUCUCGUCUCCCACCCGCUCGUGCGGAAGGUGGACAUCACUGCGGGCACGUCGACAGGCCGCGCCCUAGGCGCCAUCGUCGGAGCCAACCUGGCCUCAUACACGGCCGAGUUGGGUGGAAAGGCGCCAAUCGUGAUCUUCGACGACGCUGACGUGGAGUCUGCGGUGAACGGCGCGGCGUUUGCUUCGUUCGUCGCUUCGGGCCAGACGUGCGUCUCCGGCACGCGUCUCAUCGUGCAAUCCGAGGUGUACGAUCUGUUCAUGAGCCGGUUCCUCGAGAAAGUACAGAGCAUCACCAAGCGGAUGGGCGACCCGAUGAACCCAAGUUCGACAAUGGGAACCGUGAUCUCGACUCACCACCUCAAGCGCAUAGACGCGAUGGUCAAGGCGCGCAGUUCUGGCGCGCUCCACGCCGGCGGAGAACCCAUGACGGGCGAGUCCGCGCUGGAUGGAUACCGGUUCUCGAACGGGAGCUUCUACCCCCCGACGGUCAUCGCCGACGUCUCGACCUCCGACGAAAUCUGGACGGAGGAGAUAUUCGGCCCUGUCGUCGUCGUGAAACGCUUCCAGAGUGAGCAGGACGGCGUUGCGCUGGCGAACGACUGCAAAUACGGGCUCGGGGCCGGCAUCUGGACUUCUGAUUUGUCGAGGGCGCACCGCGUCGCGGCACAGCUAGAAUCGGGCCUCGUGUGGGUCAACACGCACCAUCGCAACGACCCCAGUUCACCCUGGGGCGGCAUGAAGGAGAGCGGGAUCGGGAGGGAAAACGGGCUGGAGGCUCUCGAAGCUUAUUCGCAGAGCAAGUCGACGAUCGUCAAUAUUUCCACAGCGGAAGAGAGCAGGAAGAGGGAUGACUGGUUCGCCGAGGGCGCUGCGGCGAAGCGCUACGGCUAGUUCCUUCUGGGCGCCCACGCCGUCCGUUUGUAGCGGACCGCUUUGUAUGUGAUCGCCUCGCGCGAGCUUCAAUUGCCGCGCCACAAACGUCGUGACAAUCAGCGCC